AUGCUCUUCGGUCUCCUUACGGGCUGCGAAGCCGUGGGCGUGUCGGCGUCGGUGCGGCUGCACAGAAGGACCAUCAAGGAGACGGUCAAGGGAACGGGCCACGGCAGCGGCCACGAUCACGACCACGCAUACACCAUGAGCACGGUUGACCUCCGAGGGUUCCGUCACAGGAGGAGGGCCGACGCCAGGGUCAUCCACAAGACGGCCUACUUCGGCACCGUCACGAUCGGCGACCCGAAACAGUCGUUCGAGGUCGUCUUCGAUUCGGGCAGUGGGAACCUGCUGGUGCCAGCGAGUGACUGCGAGAGCGACGCGUGCCUCCUCCACAGCCGCUACAAUCAGACCGCGUCCCCCAACGCGCGCCGCGUCCCCUGUAAUGCCUCCGACCCCGAGGGGCUGGGCAUGGCGAUCAUCCACUUCGGCACCGGCAGCACCUCGGGCAGGUGCGUCGAGGACCAGGUCUGCGUCGGCUCCGUCUGCUACACAGGCCCCACGUUCAGUACGAUGGAGAGGCUAAAGGCGACCGAGAGGCCCAGCCAGUGGCAUUGCAUUGAGUACUUCGCCAUCUGCAGCAGAACGUGGCUCGCGCAGGAGUCACGCCUGCUGGUAGUGGAUUGCCAUGCCAGUACAGAGGCUUGCGCGAUCCAGGAGUCCGAAGUCACUUUCGGUAGCAUGAAGACUAGCCACAUGGCGUCGGACCUGCACUGGGUGCCCGUAUCCCGCAACACGGGUGAUUGGGAGGCGAAGAUCGAUGACAUCACCAUCGACGACCGUCCGCAGAAUCUGUGCAGCAAUUGUUUCGUCGCCGUGGAUACGGGGACGUCAGAGCUGGCCGGACCAACCGAGAUCAUCCUGGAGCUGUCCCUCAGACUGGAUGUGCAGCCAGACUGUUCGAACUUCCACAGUCUACCGAGGCUCGGAUUCCUCGUCAAUGGGCAGGUCCUAAACCUCGAGCCGAAGGAGUACGUGGACGAGGCCAAGGACAGCUGCGAGGUCUCCCUGAUGAACCUCGACGUGCCGCCGCCCAGGGGCCCGCUCUUCAUCUUCGGGAUCCCCUUCCUGGAGAAGUUUUACACCGUCUACGACAGCGUGAACAGCCAGAUCGGCUUCGCGGUGGCCAAGCACAGCAACCUCUCCACGCCCCCGGGCCUGAUCAUGUCGCAGCUGGACGCCUCGGUGAAGAGCCCGGGAUCGGGCAGGCGGGGUUCCCGGCGGCACGAGGAGCAGACGGCCAAGGGCUUCCUGCGCAGGCGGCCGCCCCCCUGA